AUGGCUACAGUUGCUAGAGACUUAACCAGUAUUGCACCAUUAAUUGCAGAAAUUUCAAAUUAUAAUGGACAAAUUCUACCAGAUGAAUGGUAUCAAAGAAUUAAUCAAAUAUUAACUUUACUAUCAAUUAUGGCAGCAGAUAUUUUAAAAAGUAAGAUGGCUGGAAAAUAUACAAAUAUACUUGCACAAUACCCCGUAGGUACAAAUAUUGAUACUCCAGCUCAUUUUAUUGUUUGGUUGUGUCAUAAAUAUCAGACAGAGACAGUUGGAACACAACAAGUUGCUACUCAAAGAUUAGCACAAGAAAAAUUCUUACUAUUUGAUAAUCCAGAAUCAUAUAAGGCUAGAAUCCAUCCUCUUUUAUUAGGGGUUGCUAAUGGUGAUGCCAAUAUCUUAGGACUUCUUAAGGGUCAUUUAUCAGGAGAGCUUUAUACUUGGAUAAAAAUCACUAACCCUGGUGGCAUUGAUGCAUUUUUUACAGAACUUAAAAAUAUAUGGUUAGAACGUCCUCCAAAUUUGUAUAAGGGCUCCAUUCCUGACCAAAUCUCUCAAACUUCAGCUGUUAAUAUACAAAAUAAAUUACAUUCCGAUAGUAGUAGUAUAUCUCGAGCUGAACUAGAUAGUAUGAUAAAAUCACAAUUAGCUUUAGUACCAACUACUUCUAUUCAGUCUUCACAGCUUCAGAAAACACAAGCUUUACAGUCUCAGCAAAAGCAACCUGAUUUCAGUGAUUACUUUAGAGUACCAGAUGAAUAUAUGCCAGAAAGACCACCAGAUGGGUAUGACAUAAAUUCUGAAAAAUUUAUUCAUUGUGAUCUUAUAAACCCAACUCCUUUAGCCAGCCAAAUUAUAGAAUUUUUAGCUAAUGAUCUUUAUAAAAAAGUGUUAGAUAUGUUUUUGGCAAAGCCAGUGCAAUCAAAGAAAAAUGUUGAAGUCGACUCUGAUGAAGAACUGGCUGAUCAUAUGGGUAAGUUAUCAAUAAAUAAGGCUUUGUCGAAAGAUUUUGAGGCAGAAGUUCAUGCUGUUAUUAAAUCAUCCAAACAUCGUUGUUCAAAUUGUAAUAGAACCGGACACAAUUCUCAUAAGUGUUCUAGAAAGAAAUCUAAGAAUUCCAAAAGAUCUAGCAAAAAUAAAAAAGUAAUUCGAAUAAAUUAUCUUCUGGAAAGAAGUCCAAAUCACAUAAAGCAAAAAAAGACACAUCUACUCCAGUUGGAGAAACUUAAAUCUGAGAACAAAAACUUAACCACUCCAGAUUUCACAAAUUAUAGAGAACCAGCCCCAAAAAUAUCUGAGUCAGAGAAAGAAGAAACUUUAGAUAAUCCUAUGGAAAUAGACUUUGUUAAAAAGAAGGAACCUAUAACAAGUAUUGCAACUAUACCAGUUAAAAUCAAACAUUUAAAAAUUCCAGCAAUGUAUAAUCUUAGUGGUGUUGCUACUGUUCCAACAGAAUCUAUUGGUGUCGCUUGUAAUUUCCCAAUAACAUUAUCUUCAGGUUUUACUAUAGAUGAAGAUUUUGCAGUUUCUGGGCUCGAAGUAAACUGUGUAACCAUAUCUCAGAAUGAUAAGCCUUUGAUAUCUGAUCAAAUUUCUCAGGAAGUUGAUAGUAAUAAGGAUGACAAUGUACUAUUAGAAGAGUGGUGUGCUUCUGCAGAUUUUAGCUUAGAUUCUGUUAAUUUAACUUUAGCAAAGCAAGCACCAAAAGUCAUUAAUGAACAUAAGCAACUACAAAAUGAAAAUACUAAUCUUAUUUCUCAUAACGCACAAAAGGAUAUUUUUAUUGCUGAAUCCAAAGCUAAGAAUGUUACAAAAUCCAAGAAAAUCAAAUCACUCGAGUAUAUAAUCAAGAUAUUGGAAAGUAAGUUGUUUUCAGCCCAGAAAGAUGUAAUUUCAAUUCAAAAUAACUCAUCGAAAAAAGAAUUUAAGAUUUUAUCUCUUAAGUCUAAAAUAGUUGAAGUAGAACAUGAGUUAGCUUCGAAAGUCAGUGAACUUGAGUAUCUGAAAUUGAAGGCUAUAUCAAACCCCAUACUUGGUGGAAACGAUGAAAAAAAUAUGACCAAGUCUGAUGAUAUAUCUGCAGUUAUUGAACCUAGCAAAAAUCUAAAUAAGUAUUUUAUACACGGAAAAAAUAUGGAUCAAGCUGAAAAAAUCAAUGCUGAGAUUAUCGAACUACCAAAAAAUGAUACUGAGAUCAACUCCAAGAUCGAUGAUCUCAUUAAUAUCUGCUUCAGAUGA